GUCAUGUUUCAGAACGUGGCGCUUCUUUGCCUAAGGCAUUCAACUUUUGCUUUUUUAAAACUCUGUUACCCCCUUGCUAGUUGAUAGAUGGCGCUUCCCUCUGCAGACGAGACAUCUGCUCCACACAAUCUGGUAUCUCGUGGAUAUGUUCGAAUGUUAAAAGUGAAGAGUAACAAAAGCAAACGGCGAUUCUUAUUGUUCUAAGGGAUGAAUGGUUUCGGUUACCAUGGAACAAGGGGUGAGGCACGCUGUGAGAGGUAAAUCAAGUACUUAAUGCUUCCCCAAGAUGGGGCUAGCUGCCUUGGUUUGUCUGACCUUAUUUCUGCAUGGGUCAUGGGCACUGACCUCACCAGAUAGUUGCAGUUGUGGCUGGUCAGCACAAUGUAGUGGUGGGAACUGUUCAUGUCCAGCUGAGCUAGUCCUCCACUCAGAUGGCAGAAACUGUAGAAAUGCUUCAUGUACUGACGCAGGAUGUUUACAGUGUGACCAACCUGACCACUGUAUUAGAUGUGCUGUUUUCAUAUCUCAGUCAAGUGGCAGCUGUUCAAAUCUUUGUGCUGGGUUAGCAGAGCUGCAGGGAGAUAAUCUUGUCUGUACAGAGAAUGAAGAAGAAAACACUAAGGUCAACAUAAUUAUUGCUGUAUUUGCUGGGGCUGGUGCUGGACUGUUUAUUUGUUGCAUGUUCUUUGGGAUAUUCUGUUUAUGUCUGCGUAAAAAGAGAAAAAACAUCAAUUUACAAACAAAAAACUAUGCAGAUAGACAGAUGGAGACUGGGAAUAUCAAACAGUUUUCCAUGUAUGACAACUCUGGAUUUGAACCUGAGAGUCCAACAUUUUCAGGUGCAGGAAAAAUUGAUCCUUUGGACUACGUUUCUGAACUGGACAGGCUUAGGCUCCACACUGAGUCUCUGAUGACUUUAUUAGGUCAGCUGAGAGCCAAAGCUAAAGCCAUGAGCCCCAAUGAUCCCAGAGUGCCCACUUACAAAGCCAUGAUUCAUCGAUUACUUCGUGUGCUAGCAUUACUUCAUAAGAAAGAUCCAGUUGUCAGUAUUCCUUCCGAUGCCAUGUCUCUCAUCCAAUGGGCCUACCAGAUGUUGGAGGACUCCAGGGAACAGCAGAUAUCUGCCUCGGACAUUGAUGGACAUGAUGUUGUCAUUGCUCAAAUAUCUUCUGUUGACGUUGAUUCCCUGGAUGCAGUAAGCCCUGUUUAUAUGACACCAGAGAGCAGUCACAUGGAAUUACCUCUGACCUCUGGGAAACCUCUGAACUCUAACAUGCCACUCAACUCUGCUGUGCCUGUGACCUCACCUUACAGUACUUGCCAGGUUCCACAGACCUCAGAGAAGCAGCAACUCACCAACACAUUGGGACGCAAGUCUGGGUUUGCCACCAUCAACCGAGCCACCUCAGUGACUAAUGCUGCACUGCUGAGCUCCAUCGAAGCCGAUGAGAAGAAGUUUGGCAUUCACUCGGAGAACACAGGUACCCAACCUGCCUCUCCUCCCAGCUCCUCUGGCUUCUCUCUGGAAGAUCUGCAGAUAUUUUUAAUUAAUGCUCCUGUGGCUAGCACUCUUGGGAAUCAGCCAGAUAUCAUCAGUGGGUACAAUACAUUGCCCAACUUAGGAAAGAGAAAUGCCUCAAACAAGACCAACAGACAUUCUUUUUCUAAAGACAAAGUGGAGGCUAAUGGCAGCAUUUAUUCCAACCCCCAAAAACUAAAUAUGUUCAAUCCAGUGCAGCCUCCAGCCACUCAGAAGAAAAACAUCAUCACCAAUGCAAAGACUGCUUCACUGGGCCGAAAGGCAGGAGCUAAUUAUUCUGUCCCAAGUAUAGGCUACUUUGCUAAUGGCCAUUAUUAUGACCCAAAUCCCAUGCCUAUAGUGGAACCUGAAAUUUAUGCUCCAGGGAGUACUUACAGUGACCGUAGCAAUGUCAUGUCCACAUUUUUAGGGGAUUUGCCACACUCCAUAUCCAGUAGUGAUGAGUCGGAUUUUGGGGACAACCUAUCAGAGAACAACAGUGGAGGGGAUUUGGAGGUCUUCCCUUUUGACCUGAAAGAUGCCACAGAACCUGUUGAAGUUUAGUUCACGUCCACUGUGGUUUGUGAUAUUCACUUGUAACCAUUCUUUCAAUGCUUCUGUGUAUUAGCCUUGACAGUAUCUGUGUAUUAGCCUUGACAGUAUCUGUGUAUUAGCCUUGACAGUAUCUGUGUAUUAGCCUUGACAGUAACGGCAAAGCAUAGAUAUAGGGAAUGAGCCCAUUUCUGUUGUCAAUAAACUCACAAGGUUUAAAAUGACUGUUGGAAUGAUUCAUAAAGUUAGGACUAUUCUUGAAAAGCUUACAAUGGCCAUUAAAUUUUAUUCUUCAAUAGGUAUGAAACAUUUCCUUUGGUCUGUAGUUUGUUUGAAAAAUCUACAAAAAUUAAAUCAUCUGAUUAUGGAAACCUAUGUAUAAUCAUAAAAGCAUCAGGAAAAUGGAAUGGACUAUCAAAAUGUAAUUGAAAUAAUUUGAGGAAAAAGUAUAUAAUAUAUACAUAUAUAUAAAUAUUUACAAAAGAUUUGUAUUCUUAUGUCGGCAUCUAGAACCAGAAUUUUUAAUUUGAAUUAUAAAUUUGUAAACAGAUUUUAAAAUUUGAAUUUAUAAUUUUUUGCAUUUAUUUGGGCUUUGCUAGAUGAAGGAAUAGAUAGUCUUUAAAUAUUAGCACAACCUGGUGUAAAAUGUGUAAAUGUGACAAAGAGCAAUAACAUUUAGUUUUGAAAAUUUGUUUUAUAUUAGUCAAGAUAGUCUACAUUAAACAACUAUUUAUUUAUUUAUAACAGAAACAUUUGUCUCAAUGUCCUACAAUCAUUUCAUUGAUAACUUGUAGAUUUUUCAAACAAAUUUUUUUACAAAUAUUUUUUUCAAAUAGUUUGAAAACAACUUUUUCUGUUUGUGAACCAUUCCACGCAACAUCACAUGUUUGAUUGUGUUUCUAAUCACAGUUCAAAAUGUAGGGAUUUUAUAAAGUAAAAAAAAAAAUAGUUAGCAAUUGAAAUUACUUGUAAUAGAUUCAAAAUUUAUUUAUUUCUGAAUUUAUAUAAUUUAAUGUUUUCAAGACAUGAAUCCAUCAUCUUCAAUGUUUUUAAAAGUUAAAUUGGUGGUGAAAAUGUGCCUUUGUUAAGUACUAUACAAUGACUGCAAUAGUAUUUGUUUAUUUAUUAUAUUGACAUAUAUCAUUUGACUUUACUGUACUCAUAAGUAUCAUAACUUUAACAUCUUGGUAAUGUUCCUGUAAGUUGUUUUUUUUUUUAUUUGGCUUCUAGAAUAUGAUAUCCUCUCCAACUCAUUGGCUUCUAGAAUAUGAUAUCCUCUCCAACUCAUUGGCUUCUAGAAUAUGAUAUCCUCUCCAACUCAUUGGCUUCUAGAAUAUGAUAUCCUCUCCAACUCAUUGGCUUCUAGAAUAUGAUAUCCUCUCCAACUCAUUGGCUUCUAGAAUAUGAUAUCCUCUCCAACUCAUUGGCUUCUAGAAUAUGAUAUCCUCUCCAACUCAUUGGCUUCUAGAAUAUGAUAUCCUCUCCAACUCAUUGGCUUCUAGAAUAUGAUAUCCUCUCCAACUCAUUGGCUUCUAGAAUAUGAUAUCCUCUCCAACUCAUUGGCUUCUAGAAUAUGAUAUCCUCUCCAACUCAUUGGCUUCUAGAAUAUGAUAUCCUCUCCAGCUCAUUGGCUUCUAGAAUAUGAUAUCCUCUCCAACUCAUUGGCUUCUAGAAUAUGAUAUCCUCUCCAACUCAUUGGCUUCUAGAAUAUGAUAUCCUCUCCAACUCAUUGGCUUCUAGAAUAUGAUAUCCUCUCCAACUCAUUGGCUUCUAGAAUAUGAUAUCCUCUCCAACUCAUUGGCUUCUAGAAUAUGAUAUCCUCUCCAACUCAUUGGCUUCUAGAAUAUGAUAUCCUCUCCAACUCAUUGGCUUCUAGAAUAUGAUAUCCUCUCCAACUCAUUGGCUUCUAGAAUAUGAUAUCCUCUCCAACUCAUUGGCUUCUAGAAUAUGAUAUCCUCUCCAACUCAUUGGCUUCUAGAAUAUGAUAUCCUCUCCAACUCAUUGGCUUCUAGAAUAUGAUAUCCUCUCCAACUCAUUGGCUUCUAGAAUAUGAUAUCCUCUCCAGCUCAUUGGCUUCUAGAAUAUGAUAUCCUCUCCAGCUCAUUGGCUUCUAGAAUAUGAUAUCCUCUCCAACUCAUUGGCUUCUAGAAUAUGAUAUCCUCUCCAACUCAUUGGCUUCUAGAAUAUGAUAUCCUCUCCAACUCAUUGGCUUCUAGAAUAUGAUAUCCUCUCCAACUCAUUGGCUUCUAGAAUAUGAUAUCCUCUCCAGCUCAUUGGCUUCUAGAAUAUGAUAUCCUCUCCAACUCAUUGGCUUCUAGAAUAUGAUAUCCUCUCCAGCUCAUUGGCUUCUAGAAUAUGAUAUCCUCUCCAGCUCAUUGGCUUCUAGAAUAUGAUAUCCUCUCCAACUCAUUGGCUUCUAGAAUAUGAUAUCCUCUCCAACUCAUUGGCUUCUAGAAUAGCUCCCUAUGAUAUCAAUACAUUUAAGUUUUUACAAAAAAUGUUGAAAUCCAAUGCAUCACUUACUCAUUAUUGUGAUCAGUUAUUUGAUUUCAGCACAGAAUUAGUUAUUAUUGUCUUUUCUAUAUGUAAUGUUUAUAAUGUAAAAUAAAGUAAACUAUCCUUAUCAACAUUUUGAUAAUCUGUAACUUGAUUAACAGCAACAUUUACCAUUUAGGAAUGAGAUGUGUAUGUAUAUAUAUUUUUGUAAACAAAUAUCAUAUAUUUUUCAUCUAUUGUAUUUUUUAAACUUGUAAACUAAUGUAAAUUUUUUUUUUAUUUAUCUGAAAUCCAUUUGAAAAAGUUAUUUUUGGAAUAUGUCAUACAGUAUUGUUUUUGUUAUAAUGUCCCUUUUUUAAAGUUGAUUAUAAGUUAGAAAAUAAAUAAUGUGAAACAAAAAAUAUUGUCCUAUGUAAUGGUUGACUUUUUGAAUCUGUUAGAAUGCCUUUUUUGUAUAUAUUAUUCACCUUUUUGACAACUCACAUAACAUUGAAAAUCAUAAUCCAUUAGUUCAAUAGUUGGAUAAUGCAUUCUAUUUCGUGCAAGAGUUUAUCCUAAUGUAAAGUCGUUAAGCUUUUUACCUGAUGACUCUAUUUUAGAAUUGCUUUCACUACUCAAUUCAAAUUGUGUCACCAAAAUAUGAAUAACAUAUUACCAUAAUUGUUUACGUAAGUAUCAUUUCAUGGAUCAUCUUCACAUUCUUUAAAAUCUUUUUUUUUUAAACUAGUCUUAUAAUUUUGUUUAAUAUCAGCAUAACAUAAUGUUUCUUUUUCAAUGGAUAAAAACUAGGUUUUAUAUUUUUUUUGGAAAGAUUUUGUGUGCGUGUGUAUGAUUUGAUUGAUUUAUUUCUAUGCUGUAUAUAGAAAUAGGGAUCCUGCAAAAUAUUUGAAGUUGACUAUUGAUCUGUGUUUGUAAAUAUCUAGGAAGGUUGUUCUUGAUGUGGACUCUUGAGACAGGAAAAAGCUGUUUCAUUAUUUUAGUACAAUAACUGUCUUAGGUUUAAAUGUCUCAACUUUAAGUUGUGCUGACAUGCAGCAGUAGUUCUUACAUUUUAUUGUAAACUCUCAACAGGAAUAGUUUGGAGCAUUUCUUCUGUUACGUAUUGAAUAUAAAUGAUUUCCUGUCACCUGUGUUCGGAAGCCAGCCCAGCUCAAAAAUGCUUUCAUAAGAACUACAGUAAAUAUUGACAAACUUGUAUAGGACUAAGGUUUAACAAAAUAUCUAAACACUUACACUAGUUGUAGAAUAAAGGAUUGCUAUAUACAUGAUUUCCUGUCACCUGUGUUCGGAAGCCAGCCCAGCUCAAAAAUGCUUUCAUAAGAACUAUAGUAAAUAUUGACAAACUUGUAUAGGACUAAGGUUUAACAAAAUAUCUAAACACUUACACUAGUUGUAGAAUAAAGGAUUGCUAUUACUGUACUGUAAAAAAAAAUAAUACUUUGGUCUUUACCACUUCACAUUUAGCCUCUUUAAGAUCAGGCUCAAAGCCUCUCUCAUGCACAUUGUGUUCAGGGCUAGACAUUAAAUCGACUAAUUAAAAUGGCGACAUCAUUGUAUUUGUAAGGCCUUCAUAAUUGUCCCCCCUUUCUUACAUCUUGCUGGUUAAAGUGGUUCCUUACAGUUUCCUUUCAGAACAUUUGUUUUUGUUUAUUUCUUAUAGCCAGUGAGGCUUUCAAGUCCCAGGCCAAACUACAGCCCAACAUAUCUGAUGCACUCAUACAAAAUCCUUGUGGUAAUAUAUGUACACAUUGUAGGAUAGAGAAGGCAGCUUCACUUAUGAAUUCCUUUGAUUUUGGUUGUUUUUGUUUUUUUCUUGCUUGCAUUAGUUAUUGAUUAGCCAGAUCUGAACAUGAUGGUGAGCUUAUGACAGCAUUAUAUGUCAUUUGUGCUUUUUUUUUUCAGAAUGUGAUGGUGAGCUUAUAAUGAAGUUAUAACAUUUUAUGUGAUUUUUUUUUUCAGAAAUAAAUGUAUAAUGAUGUAGAUACUAUUUAGUUCAUAUCUUUUUUUUUUUUCACAAUAGUUUUUAUAAUUUUCAGUUUCUAGUUUAUAAUUUUCAGCUCUAUAAGAUGAUUCUGUCAUUGCAGGUAGUUAAAAGUAAUUUGUUGGUGCUGAGACAGUUAAUAAAUGUAUGGCUGCUAUGGGAGUUGAACAUUGCUCUUACUAGCAUUAAUGUCACAAUGUUCAUGUAUGAAAUUUUAUGCUCACCUUUUUUUUUUCCUUUUAUUUUGUGUGUGUUAUCCAUGACAAUUUUCAACAAUUUGUAUGUCUUUCUCUUUUGCUAGUUUGAUGUUUACCAGACCAAUUGUGAGUGUACAUUGUUUUCUGCUAAGAUCUUUCUGGUUAAAACCUAUGCAUUGGUAUAUAGCUUGGGGCUAUGCUUUACAAGCCCUGGUUAUUUGAAAUCAGUGCUAAUUGAUCCUCUGUUUCAUUAAAAGACUAAGCUCUAUACAGUAGAUUACAAUAUACAUAAGACAAGUUUGUAUCUUUGUAAGGUGCCCUAUUGUACAUUUUAUCAUCUGUGAUAACAGUGAAUACUAACAUAGAUUGAUCUAUUUUUUUUACAUAUUGGUUUGUUUAUUAUUUGGAAUUGAAAAUAUUUUUUAAAACCUAUAUUAUACUAUUGUAUGAGUGAAUUUUAAAAUUUCAAUUCAUCACUUGUAUUUUUUUUCCCCAUUAAAUGUCAUCAAACUAUAUAUAUCCCCUUCAUCUAUGUGUGCAAUGUUUAUUUGUUAUUACACUGGAGCAUCUCAAGAUCAAUUUCAUGUCAAGUGAAGUCUGGGUCUUGGUAGCAUGCUAGUCUCUAUUGUUUUGGACAGGUAUGAUUUUUUUUUUACAGGUCAGACUGUAAGGCUAGAGCAUUUAUAAAAGUUGAUCAGUUCUAAAGACAUUAAUGAUCCUUCUUUGUUUCAUGUUAUUUAUCUAUUUAUUCUCCUUGAGGUGUUCUCAAACUGGGUGAAAUAUCUAAACAUUGAUUGUGUUCAGUUUAGAACAGUGAGUGAGAAUUUUUUAUUAGUUGUGCAGUGUUAGAAGACCUUUGUGAAGUUGUUUAAUUGAAAUGUGAGUUCCUCAAGUUGACAAGGUGUGGAACAGCAUUGUCUAUUUCAUUUUUAUAUUUUACAAGAGUUUGGAUGUGCUCAAAUUCACUUUUGUACUGCUAUGAUGUUGUGUCCUGUCACAUGUUUUCUGUGUAUAAAUCCUCAAAUGUUUAGUUUCAAAGUCCCAUCAAAAAGUGUCCUGUUCACUGGAUCCUCCCAAUGUUUUAUUACUUCUGAGAGUUGUAGCUGUUCUGUUACUUCUGAGAGUUGUAGCUGUUCUGUUACUUCUGAGAGUCGUAGCCCAAAGUGAGGCUUCUUGGUUUGUUUUCCAUCACAUAGUUUGCCCAACUAUUACUUAGUUCUGUAUCGUUGUGUACACAAACUAUUCCUAAAGAGAACAUUCCAAAUGAUUUUAUUUUCUAUUUUGUGUGUGUAUAGUUCAUUGUGUUUUCACCAGAGGACUGCAAGUACUUGAGUUGAUCCUCUUCUAGACUGAAAUGUGUUGAAAUAUCAACAUGUUAUCUCUACAUUCAGAGUUUAUGUGCUAGUCCCUAACUACUACACAGUCAUGUUUUUGUAAGAACUUACAAUUUUAAUUUGAGCAGACUUCACAGUGCCACCUCAGUUUUUUUUCCUGUGUUUUUAUUGGUUAGACAUAAUUUUAUGUAGAAUUAUGUUUGUCUUGUAGGAAUACAGUUAAUUUGAAUGUAACUAGACUAGAUAGCUGCCUGGUUAUGAGGUAUGUCCUUUGCAUUGUCAUCUCUAUUGAUCCUGGGUUCAAACCCUGUCCGCCACCUUCCUCCGCAGGAAAUUUAGACUAGGAUGUGAUUUUCAAUUCUGAAGAAACAUGCAACUAAACAGGAAUGUGUUUCCUUUUUUAAACAUUCUCUACUUAAUGUGCAUGGCUAGUUCCAUACUUUAAGUAUUGAAUGUUCAAGGUUUUGUAAAUAAAUAUCUAUAUCUGUGUUGGAACUCAGAAGAGGAUGUUGAUACUUAAAUAUACAAUCACAUUGGAUUUUUUUAAAAAUAAUUUUUUAUUUAAAUAUUAUCUUGAUUCCACAAUGUUAAUUAUGUCCACUUUGUGAAUGUUUCUAUUAAGAAUGAUUACAUUCCACAAGUCAAAUGUUUCUACUUUAUAUCUACCAGUGUGUCUGGGACACCUCCAUGCACCCAAUCAAGGGAAGUAAUUGUUUCCCUGUUGUAUCUCUAAAUUGAAAUGGCUAUGAAAUACUUGGAAAGUGAAGCUCUUAUUGUUUGUACUUUCAGACCCUUGUCUAUUUCUUGCCAGUAAAUCUCAAUAUGCAAAUUGAUAGUACAUUAAUUUAUAAUUAUAUAAAUAUUAAUUGAAUACUAAAAAUAUACUGAAUACAUUGGAUGGAUGAAUAACUGACAAAGUCAUGACAUUGUAAGUGAAUGGAAGAAGCUCCACAUUAGAUAAAUGACUACAACGAUUUUAUCUUUACAUUUUUCAAUAUGUUCCCAACCUGUUCCUGUUUCAUUGCUAGAGCUCAUGAUCUUCUAUCUUGUAGAUACUUGGAGAACCAGAAAGUUUUAUAUCACAAGUUUAAUAGUAACUGGCUAACUUGUGAUGACAUUCUAGUUUGUUGUUUUCCUAACAUUCUGCAUUAGUGUCUGGACAUACCAACUAGAUCAGUGGUUCCCAAAUUUGUUUUCUGUAACAAAACACUUCUCACAUUCUGAGUAGUUAGCUGAAAGUUUGGCUUAUUUCACGCGGUGGUCUACUAGUUAAUUAUUCCAGUAGUUUGUGCGACAUUGGGGUUUGUGAACAUUGUUUGGGCAACACUGAAUUAGAUCAUUUAAUAACUUCUGUCUAAAAGUUGUAUUUCCUGUAUUGAUGCAAUAGUAAAGUGUACUUAUAAAAUGUUGGCUAAUACAUUAAAGAAAAAACUUUUGUUAUGACAAA